AUGCCGGUGCAAAUGGGUAGACUAAAAAGUUUGAGAACAUUGACUACUUUUGUUUUGGGGAAAUCUACUGGGUCGACUAUUGGCGAAUUGAGGGAGUUAUCCCAUCUUGGAGGAAGAAUUUCAAUUUUGAAGCUUAAUAAUGUGGUUGAUGGUAGGGAUACCUUGCAAGCUGAUUUGAAGAACAAAAAAGAUCUCAAGGAGUUAGAGUUGGCAUGGGGCUCCGAAGAUGCCGAUCAUUCCGAAAAGGUGAGAGAUGUACUUGACAAGCUCCAACCUUGCAUGAAUUUGGAGAAAUUGACCGUCAAACUUUAUGGCGGGACUAGCUUCCCAAACUGGUUGGGAGACUCUGCCUUCAAUAAAAUAAAAGUUAUGCGCCUCGAAGGUUGUCAUUAUUGCUUCGAGUUGCCACUGCUUGGACAGCUACCUGCUCUUAAGGAACUCUUCAUAUGUAAGAUGAAACUUCUUAGGACGUUAGGUGCUGAGUUGUAUGGUCAACCAUUUCAGCCAUUUCAAUCGCUGGAGACGCUGGAGUUUAAGGAGAUGGUAGAGUGGGAGGAUUGGGUACCAAGUGGGAGUGGAGGUCCAGACUUUCCUCGUCUCCAGGAGCUAAUUCUAGAAAAGUGUCCAAAGCUGAGAGGAAGCUUGCCUUGUGAUCUGCCUUGCUUGAAGAAGCUUAGCGUGGAAGGGUGUGGAGUUUUACAUGAUCAAAGGGCCACUGCUGCUACUAGUACUAGUACCAAUCUCAACUACAAUUCUCUUCAAGAAUUGAAAAUAGAAGAUGGAUGCCAAACAGGUCUGUUAUCAUUACUAGAGACAAAGCUCCUGUCCCAACUUUACAUUCAACAUUCUAAUGACAUACAGUGCUUGCACAACAUCAAUCGUCUUCAAAGUUUGACUCUCUGGAAUUGUCCAACCCUAUCGUCUUUCCCUGAAGAUGGCCUACCCACUUCGUUGACUUCACUAGUUAUAUACAGUUGUAGGAGAUUAGAAUUCCUACCUCAUGAGAUGUUGGCCAAAUUAACAUCGCUCGACUAUUUGAGUAUACAGGAUAGCUGUGAUUCAAUGUGGUCCUUCCCCUUGGGCAUUUUUCCCAAAUUGACGACACUUGAUAUUGGCAAUUGUGAGAAUCUGGAAUUGCUUUGCUUGAUUGAAGAAGAAGGAGCGGUUGAGAAUCUAAGUCAUCUCAAUCAAUUGACUAUCUUCGGGUGUCCAAAUCUGGUGUGUUUUCCGCAGGGAGGAUUGCCCACUCCCAACCUGACUCUAUUGGACUUCAACAAAUGCGAUAAGUUAAAGUCAGUACCUGAACGCAUUCACACCCUCACAGGCCUUCAAGAUUUGGAUAUAAGAAAUCUUCCAAAUCUGGAGUCAAUUGCAGAAGAUGGGGGUUUGCCUCCCAACCUCCGAUAUUUUAGCAUUGAGAAUUGUGAGAGACUGAGGGCUUCAUCUUCAUCAGUGGGAGGAGAGUAUUGUAACUGGGGUUUGCAAGCACUUGUCUCCCUCAAACAAUUUAGAAUUGGUGGCAGGGGAAGUGAUGAAAUCUUGGAGACGUUGCUUAAGCUGCAGCUGCUCCCUACCACUCUUCACACUCUCAGCAUCUCUUCACUAUCAACUCUGAAAUCUUUGGAUGGAAAGGGACUUGCACAGCUCACUUCUCUUCAAGAACUAUUUAUUGCUAGGUGUGACAGUAUGGAAUUCCUUCCAGGAGAGGCACUUCAACACCUCACUUCUCUUCAAGAGCUAUAUAUUUAUGACUGUCCGAGUCUCCAAUUCUUGCCAGAAGAGGGUCUGCCGCCAUCUCUUUCUUAUUUGAGCAUCUCCAAUUGCUCUGCCCUGAAGAAAAGGUAUGAGAAUAAGACGGGACAAGAUUGGGCCAAGAUUUCUCACAUUCCUUGCAUCAAGAUAGACGAAGAAGUGUGUUAG